UCUGUGGCGGCUCCGGCGGCCACCACUUUCGUUUUCAAGAUUGAUAUGCACUGCGUUGGAUGUGCCAAGAAGAUCAAACGUAUAGUAAAACAAUGCGAAGCCGGAGUGAAAGAUGUGACGGCAGAUUGCGGCGGAAACAAGCUGACGGUCGUCGGAAAGAUCGAUCCGGUGAAAGUCCGGGAGAAAUUGGUAGAGAAAACAAAGAGAAAAGUCGAACUCCUCAGCCCUCUGCCGCCGCCAAAGACAAACUCCGGCGAAGAAAAGACGGCGGCAGAGAAAUCAGACAAAAAAGACGGCGGAGACAAGGCGGCGGCGGCUCCUCCUCCCAAGGAGGCUACCGUGGUAUUGAAAAUCAGAUUGCAUUGCGACGGCUGUAUUAACAAGAUCAAGAAAAUAAUAUUGAAGAUUAAGGGGGUCGAAACGGUGAAUAUCGACGGACCAAAAGAUUUGGUUACGAUCAAAGGAACAAUGGACGACAAAGAACUUGUCCCCUUCCUCAAACAGAAGCUCAAGAGAAACGUCGAAGCGGUGUUUCCCGCCAAAAAAGAGGACGGAGCCGCCGCCUCAAAGGCCAAAGAAGCACCUACGGUCGCCGCCGCCGCCGCCGCUGCACCUGAAACUAAGAAGGAAUCCGGGGAUGGCCCAGGGAAGAAGAAUGACGCCGGCGUCAAGAAAGACGCCAGCGCCAGUGCCGGAGACAAAAAAGACUCCGGUGCCGUCGGAGGGGAUAGCUCCGCCGGGAAAAAGGACGGCGGAGAGAAGAAAGAAGACAAGAUUAAAGACGACCAAGCUGUUGGGAAAAAUGGCGGCGGCGGCGGAGACGACGGCGGAGAGGGUGUUAGGUCUGUCGGAACGGUGAACAAGAUGGAGUAUUACGGGCAAGCGUAUCCGACGGUUCCGAUGUAUUGGCAUGGGGGACACGUGUACGGUCAGGAUUAUCAGACGGUGAGUCAGAGUAUUCACGGACCGUAUCCGUAUUCGUACGCGAGUGAGGGCUACGCGCCGUAUUCUCAAGCUCACAUGCACGCGCCGGGGAUGUUCAGCGACGAGAACCCCAACGGAUGCACCAUUAUGUAGUUUAUGGGUUAACUUGUAAAUACGUGAAACUGUUGGGGUUCGAAACGAAGGUUUGAGAACAUGAGGGGGAAUAACUGAAAUUUGGAGAUACUUUGAAGUCGCCCACCGAGACAGCGGGUUCGUGGUGUAAUACUGUUCGUUUGUUAGUAUAAAAUAAAAAUAAAAUAAUUUUGAUUUGUGUGCUUUA